GAUGAGCUUUUUGUGUCUCUGUAUUCAUGCAGUAAAAUGGCAGAAGCCAGAAUUUCUCAGGAUGAGUUCAUGUGUUCAGUGUGUCUGGAUCUCCUGAAGGAUCCAGUGACCAUCCACUGUGGACACAGUUACUGUAAGAUCUGUAUUACAGGCUACUGGAAUCAAGAGGAUGAGAAGAGAGUCUACAGCUGCCCUCAGUGCAGACAGACCUUCAGUCCAAGACCUGCUUUAGGUAAAAACACCAUGCUGGCUGAAGUGGUGGAGAAACUGAAGAAGACUAAACUUCCUACUGACUGUUACGCUGGAGCUGGAGAUGUGCAGUGUGACGUCUGUACUGGAAGAAAACACAAAGCCGUCAAGUCCUGUCUGGUGUGUCUGAACUCUUACUGUCAGAAUCACCUUGAACAACAUGAGAGUUGGUUUAAAGGAAGGAGACACAAUCUGACUGAAGCCACUGGACGACUGCAGGAGAUGAUCUGCCCGAAACACGACAAGCUCCUUGAUGUUUUCUGCUGCACUGAUCAGAAGUGUAUAUGUGUGUUGUGUACGAUGGAUGAACAUAAAAACCAUGACACUGUAUCAGCUGCAGCACAGAGGACAGAGAAACAGAAACAGCUGAAGGAGACACAGAGGUCAUUCCAGCAGAGAAUCCAGCAGAGACAGAAAGACCUUCGACAGCUGAGAGAGACUGUGGAGUCUCAUAAGCGCUCUGCGCAGACAGCAGUGGAGGACAGUGAGAGGAUCUUCACUGAGCUCAUCCACUCCAUUGAGAGAAGCCGCUCUGAGGUCACACAGCGGAUCAGAGAUCAAGAGAAGGCUGCAGUGAGUCGAGCUGAAGGAAGACUGGAGCGACUACAGCAGGAGAUCAAUGAUCUGAGGAGGAGAGACGCUGAGCUGGAGAAGCUUUCACACACAGAGGAUAACAUCCAUUUCCUACAGAGUUUCCAGUCUCUCUCAGCGCCUCCUAAAUCCACAGAUGUAUCCAACAAUCCCUUCAAUUCUCUCUUCUCUUUUGAUGGUGUGAGAGAAUCUGUCUGUCAACUGAAAGACAAACUGGAGGAUUUCUGCAGAGAGGAGCUCAAAAAGAUCUCUGACAGAAUUACUUUCACCAACAUUGUUCCCAGGAUCAGGAAUGACUUCCUACAAUAUUCCCAUCAGCUCACUCUGGAUCCAAACACAGUGAAUAAACGCCUCUGUCUGUCUGAGAGGAACAGAGUGAUUACUUACACUAACACAGAGCAGCCGUAUCCUGAUCAUCCAGACAGAUUUGAUGUGCAUCAUCAGGUGUUGUGCAGAGAGAGUGUGUGUGGACGCUGUUACUGGGAGAUUGAGUGGAGUGGAAGGUGUGUGUUUAUAUCAGUGUCAUAUAAGAGCAUCAGCAGAAAGGGUGAGGGUUAUGAGUGUGUUUUUGGACGUAAUGAUCAGUCCUGGAGUUUGAACUGCUCUUCCUCCAGAUACUCAUUCAGACACAAUAACAUAGUAACUGAUCUCCCUGUAGUGUCCAGCUGUAGAAUAGGAGUGUAUGUGGAUCACAGUGCAGGAACUCUGUCCUUCUACAGCAUCUCUGGAGACACAAUGAGCCUCAUUCACACAGUCCAGACCACAUUCACUCAACCGCUCUAUCCUGGGUUUUGGGUUUGUUCUGGAUCAGUGAAACUGUUUAAAUCACAUUUAAAUCACAGGAGAAUGAGUGGCUAUGAGGAGAGAGAGGAGGAGGAUGUUGUUCACUACCAGAAAUGGAGAGCAGCAUCUCCAGAGCCCAGCCUUGUGUCUAUGAAGAGUGAUAAUUCCAUGGGAGAACUCCGAAACUUCAGUGGUAAAACAGAGACCUUUAAUCCCAGGAUGAGGAGUGGCUAUGCAGAGAGGGAAGGGGAGAAUGUUGUUCACUGCCAGAACCAGAGAGCAGCAUCUCCAGAGCCCAGCCUUGUGUCUAUGAAGAGUGAUAAUUCCAUGGGAGAACUCCGAAACUUCAGUGGUAAAACAGAGAUUUUUUACCCCAGUGAGAAUAGAGAUCAUCAGCCUGGAGACCUGCAGGAGAAUUCUCACCAACCAGUAAAUAAUGAACUAUGCAAAAUCAAAGACCAACACAAAACCAACAUAAAGAAUAAGUAUGGGAACUUAUUUGAAGGAAUCAAACUUGAAGAGAAUCAAACAGCACUGAAUAGGAUCUACACACAGCUGUACAUCAUAGAGGGAGAGUGUGAAGGAGUGAACAAAGAACAUGAGGUUUUACAGAUGGAGAAAACACCCAGGAUAAAGAACUCACAUAACACACAAAUCUACUGCAAUGACAUUUUUAAAGCCUUACCUGAACCAGGAUGUGAUGAGAAAGGCAAAAAGUUUGUUCUUACUAAAGGCAUCGCUGGAAUUGGAAAAACAGUCUCUGUGCAGAAGUUUGUUUUGGACUGGGCUGAGGGAAAAGCCAAUCAGGAUGUAGAUUUAAUGUUUGUGCUUCCAUUUCGAGAUCUCAACUUGAUUCGAGAUGAUCAGUACAGUCUUCACAGACUUCUGCUGGACUUUCAUCCUGAACUUAAAGAUCUGGAAUCAAAGAUUUAUGAGGAGUGUAAAGUUGUGUUCAUCUUUGAUGGUCUGGAUGAAAGCAGAAUGACACUUAUGUUUAAAGACAGUGAGAAAGUUUCUGAUGUGAAUGAGACUUCAUCAGUGAGUGUGUUGAUGUCAAACAUCAUGAAAGGAGAGCUGCUUCCCUCUGCUCUAAUCUGGAUCACCACCAGACCAGCAGCAGCCAAUCAGAUCCCCUCAAAAUACAUCAACCGUCUGACAGAAAUUCAGGGAUUCAAUGAGCCUCAGAAGGAGGAAUAUUUCAGGAAGAGAAUCAGUGACGAGCAUCAAGCCAGCAGAAUCAUCUCACACAUUAAAAGAGCAAGAAGCCUCCACAUCAUGUGCCACAUUCCUGUCUUCUGCUGGAUCUCAGCCACUGUGCUUCAAAAGCUCCUGAAAGAAGAUCAGAGAAAAGAAAUCCCUAAAACUCUGACUGAGAUGUACAUCCACUUCCUCCUGAUUCAGAUCAACAAGAAGAAUCAGAAGUAUGAAGAAAGAGAUCCUGAUAAACUCCUGCAGUCCAACAGAGAAGUGAUUGUGAAACUUGCUGAACUGGCUUUCAAACAGCUGAUGAAUGGCAAUGUCAUGUUCUAUGAGGAAGACCUGAGAGAGAGUGGCAUAGACGUCACUGACGCCUCAGUGUAUUCUGGGAUUUGCACUGAGAUAUUUAAGGAGGAAUCUGCGAUUCAUCAGAGGAAAGUCUACUGCUUCAUACAUCUGAGUGUUCAGGAGUUUCUCGCUGCAUUCUAUGUGUUUUAUUGCCAUCUGAUGAAGAAAAUGGAGCCAUUGCAGUUGUUUCUGGAAGAUAAACAUGAGAAGUACAGCUCUACGAAAAACAUGUCUGCACUACUAUCAUCAGCAGUCGAUAAAACCCUUCAGACUGAAAAUGGACAUCUGGAUCUUUUUCUGCGGUUUCUGCUGGGUGUCUCACUGGAGUCCAAUCAGAAUCUCUUACAGGAUCUACUGACACACACAGAGAGCAGCUCAGAGAGCAUUGGAGAAACCACACGGUACAUUAAAGAUGAAAUCAAAGAAAGUUAUGGUCUCUCAGCUGACAGAUCCAUCAAUCUGUUCCUCUGUCUGCUGGAAGUGAAUGAUCAGACUCUCUACAGGGAGAUUGAGGAAUUUGUGAAAUCAGACAAACGUUCAGAGAAGAAACUCACUCCUGCUCACUGCUCAGCAAUAGUCUACAUGCUUCAGAUGUCAGAAGAGGUGCUGGAUGAGUUUGAUCUCAUGAAAUACAACACAUCUGAUGAGGGUAGAUGGAGACUGAUACCAGCUGUGAUGAACUGCAGAAAAGCCUUACUCGGAUGUGGUCUCUCUGAUCAGUGCUGUGAAAGUGUGUCUUCAGCUCUACAAUCAUCAAAUACCCAUUUGAGAGAGCUGGACCUGAGUAACAAUGACAUACAAGAUUCAGGAGUGAAGCUGUUAUCUGCUGGACUAACGAGUUCACACUGUCAACUGAACAAACUGAGACUGGCAGGUUGUCGAUUGACUAGUCAGUGCUGUGAAAGUUUGUCUUCAGCUCUACAAUCAUCAAACUCCCCACUGAAAGAGUUGGACCUGAGUAACAAUGACCUGCAGGAUUCUGGAGUAAAGCUGCUUUCUACUGGGCUGAAGAGUUCAUACUGUCAACUGAAAAUACUGAGAUUGGCCAUCUGUAAUCUCACUGGCCAGUGCUGUGAAAGUCUGUCUUCAGUUCUACAAUUAUUAAACUCUCAUCUGAGAGAACUGGACCUGAGUAACAAUGCCCUGAUGGAUUUAGGAGUGAAGCUGCUCUCUUUUGGACUGAACAAUUCACACUGUCACCUGAAAAUACUCAGAUUGUCUGGAUGUAUGGUGACAGAAGAAGGCUGUGGUUAUCUGUCUUCAGCUCUGAGUUCAAACCCCUCAAACCUGAGAGAGCUUGAUCUGAGCUACAAUCACCCAGGGGAUUCAGGAGUCAAGCUGAUCUCUGAUACAAUGAACAAUCUGGGCUGUACACUAGACAAACUCAAUGUGGAUCAUGGAGGAGAAUUCAGGAUUACAGCAGGACUACACAAAUAUGCCUGUAAUCUCACACUGGAUCCAAACACAGUAAACAAUGAACUUGUUCUUUCUGAUGAGAACAGAACGGUGACAUAUUUGAAAGAGCAUCAGUCAUAUCCUGACCAUCCAGAGAGAUUUGAUGAGUGUCCUCAGGUUCUGUGUAGAGAGGGUCUGUCUGGACACUGUUACUGGGAGGCUGAAUGGAAAGGAGAGGCUGAUAUAUCAGUGACAUAUAAAGGAAUCAACAGGAAAGGAUGGAGUGACAACUGUCAGUUUGGAUUCAAUGAAAAAUCCUGGAGUCUGAACUGCUCAGAUAACAAAUUUACUGUCUGGCAUGAUAAAAAGUCAACUGACAUAAGUGUUCCUUCAGGCUCCUUUAAAAGAGUAGGCGUGUAUGUGGACGUGUCAACCGGUACUCUGUCCUUCUACAGUGUCUCUGACACACACACACUCACACACUUACACACAUUCACCUCCACAUUUACUGAGUCUCUCUAUGCUGGAUUUUGGGUUUAUUUGGGUUUCAACUCCUCAGUGUCUCUGUGUGAGUUUGAAAAGCUGAGAUGUCACACACAAAAACAGAGAUGUCAAACAUCAAUGAAUUAAACACUUUUACUUUAUACAUCUUUAAAACACACAUACAUGUUGGUUUUCUGUGUUUUAUGAGGACUUUCCAUAGACAAAGAAUUUUAUGUUGUUCAAACUAUAUUUAUUCUAUCCCUUAACCCUAAACACAACCCUCACAGAAAACUUUUAUUUUUUAAGUGAAGUUCACAAUGUAAUUUCAGGAGGAGUGAACCCAUCUAAUCUUUCAAUUAGUGAAAUUCAAACAUAAUUUCAAGAGGAAGGAACCCUAAUCUUUCAAUUAUGACCAGAGCAUAUAAGCAGCUACUCACCCUGCUUUGGCAUCAGUUGUUUCGAUAUCUCUCCACCUCCCCAACUCCACCACAUAAUUUAGGCAUCUCAUCCAUCGUACUCCUCUUCCAGGCACUAGUAGUCCCUGGGGGGUAUAUCCAAGCUCAAGUUGAAGCUGUUUCCUCGAGCCCCUCCACAGCGGACAGCAAAUACAAUUAACCUUAUUAGCUUAAAGAUUUUAUGAGGAAACAAACUUGUGAAAUGUGAUUUAAAGUAUGAUUUAUAAACUGUUUUUCUCAUAGGGACCAAAACAAUGUCACAACAACAUAGAGAAUGCCUAAACCACAAAUAUAUAUAUAUAGAUUCUAGAAUUGUAUCUAAAUUGUAACCAUUCUAUGAACAUUCUGAAGCAGUGCUCUUAACAGUAUAUUAUCUGUAAAUGUGAGACUGUCAAAGUACUGUCUAAUGAAUAUUUUAUUAAAGUAUUUGUUAAAUUAAGAAAAAUAUUUGUACUCUAUGUCACAUUAUCGUUUAUUUUCAUUUAGUUUUUUCUUUUAGUUCAUUACUGUUUUUUAACAUUAUUACAUAUAUUGUUGCUGCUGUUGUUGUGGAGGUGAUCCAAAGGAAAUGUUGCAAAAAACAAGUAGUUUUGGCUACUUGGAUUCAAUUAAUCCUAUUUUUGCAAUGAGGAGGAAUUUUUAGGUCUAAAAAUUAUACAACUUUUAUCAUACAAUAUCCUCUUAUGCAGGGGUUUUCAGCUCUGGCCCUUUAGGUCUGCUGUCCUGCAGAGUUUAGCUCCAACCUUAAUAAAAUACACCUAAUUAUAAUCCUGAAGAACCUGGUUAGAUUUUACCGAUACGUUUGAUUAGGGUUUUAAUUGGGAUCGCAAUUUAUACAAUAAAUAUUUUAACCCUC